AUGAUAAGAAAACUCAAACGUAUCAAGUUAAGCAACAUCCGAAUCCGGUUUGGCCCUAGAGGUGGAGUUCGAAAUCGCCACACUCAUCAUCAAACGUACAUGGCCGCACGAAGAAAACAAGUGUUGAUGCUAAAGGGUUCUGGACAAAGGCAUCUCAUCUACGGUUUGACUGGUUUUCUGGCACUACUACAUUACACGGCGCGGCAUCCGCCGGCAGGCGCAGACAUCAAAAAGUUAGUAGUUGAAGGGGUGACUGAAGAAGAGAGCCGAGGCAUCUUGAGCUACUUUAACCGUCGUACAAGCCAUAAUCUGGGUUUGAGUCAAGUUGUCGAACUAAGAAUCAAAAUGUUCGGACGAAGCCGUUGUGUGGUACAUCGACUUAAAAAAUCCCGCACGAGUGUUUGCGCGAUAUUUGAUUUAAACACAUUUCACUUAGGAUGUGACGGCACGAUCCAAACUAGGAACCAAAGGCUAAGGUCGCUUUCGGUGAAGGGAUUAGGUGACUUUGUUUUUUUGGUUGAAAUGGCCUCUCGCGAGCCAGACAAUACGGAGGACUACGGUGGAAAUAAUGAACAAUGUUCGUUAAAGUAA